UGCAUGACCAGCAGGGGUAGGUUAGGGGAAGGAGUGCAUGUGGACCACAUCCACAUGAGUAAAGACACGGACAGACAAGCUGCUUGUGGACUGUAUUGAGAGCUUGGAGUCUUGCACUGAACCAGACGGAGUUAUGUACUGUGCUCAUCCUGUCUCUGGCACAGGCAACAACUCAUUGAUGUAUUGCUACAACAUGAAACCAGUUUAUGGGCAGUCUCCCACUAAUGACGACAUCAACCAGAACUCAUCUUCACAUUCGUCCAACAAGGCCCACAGCAAUGUGUUCGCAAGCACCUUCUUUGAGGGGACGAGCAAUUCGCCCGACAUCUGGAAUGCUGUAAAUGGGCUGAACCAGCAGGGCUAUGAAGGUGCAUUGGGAGCAGCCACAACCCACCAAACACAGCCGGGGAGCCACAGCAGCCUGCAGCCACCACAACACAGCCACCUGGACUACUCCCCACAUUCAGUGAUGGCUGCUGACAUGAACAGGGGUCUCCCACCAAUGUCCACUUUUCACCGCAACAAUACAGCGUCACACACUCCGUCAAUCAACACCUCAGAGAAUUCAACAGUCUCAGGGCGCAAGGGACAUGUGUCAGGAGGAUCACAGACGGGCGAUACCUUGGGCAAAGCUCUGGCCUCUAUUUAUUCCCCCGAUCACACCAGCAGCAGCUUCCCCUCCAGCUCGUCCACACCGGUGAGGUCUCCGUCUCCGCUGCCCAACGCGGCUGAACCGGCAGGUACCAACAUGUGGCCCCGGAGUUCAGUUCAGGCACUAGUGUCACCAAACUAUGAGUCUUCACUUAUAUCAUUGUCUCAGGUGGAGGACCGACUAGACAGACUGGACGAUGUGAUCCACGUCCUGAGGAACCACGCUGUGGGCCCCACAGCCGGCCUACCCACUGACAUCCACGGCCUGCUAAACCAGAACCUCCACGGCCACCUGGGAUCUGCCAGCACUCUACCGCUCACCUGCCACACUUCAGCCAUGGUUGAAGCAGUCAAUAUGAACAACAACCACUCAGCCUUCCAGAACCGCACACAAAAUGGCCACCCAUAUUCAGCCAGACAGAGGGCCACGCUUAAGACCAUGCAAAGUGGAGGAGGUCUGGGAGUUCAGAGUAAUCUGGAGCUGAAAAUGGAAAGUGGGCAUAGGGAAGAGAUGAUGCACACCAAUCAUAGUCACAGCUCUGACAGCCAGAGAUCAGAUGAGGAGAGCGAACACAAAACACAAGGAGAAAACAGCAGAUGUAACAGUAUCCAUGAGGAUGAGGAUCUGAGCCCAGAGCAGAAGGCCGAACGUGAGCGCGACAGGAGGAUGGCCAACAACGCCCGUGAGCGUCUGCGUGUGCGGGACAUCAACGAGGCCUUUAAGGAGCUGGGCCACAUGUGUCAGCUGCACCUGAAGAGUGAGAAGCCACAGACCAAGCUGCUGGUGCUGCACCAGGCCGUGGCAGUGAUCCUUAGUCUGGAACAACAAGUCAGAGAGAGGAACCUGAAUCCGAAGGCAGCGUGUCUACGAAGAAGAGAGGAAGAGAAGGCGUCUGCAGUCAUGACGGAUCCACAGUCCAUGCAUCUCGCUUUCCAUCCCAGCCUGACAGACCCAGCAAACCCCAUGGGCCACCUCUGAGCAUCUAAUACUGUAAUAACUACUGCAAAUCCAGCAAUCAAAUGUUGCGUGAAGUGCAUCCCAGGAAGCGUCCAGCUGUUGGACAUCCAGUGUUUCUUCUAAAUUCGGACCAGAGUGGAAGGCGUCCACCUCUCAGUUGAACAAUCAUCUCCUCGCUUCCCAAACGGACUUCUAACUUUGUGCCUAAACUUAACUUGUAACAGACAAAUGCAUUGUAAGCUGCAGAUGUUUUGUACAUAUUUUGUAUAUUUAUUGAUUAUCUGUCCGUUUUGAAUAUAUCUGAAAGGAAGAAACCCAGUAGUGACGAGGUGUCAUCUGCAGUUUUAGAUUUUUUCGCAGAUCCAGAUAUGUUUUCUGACAGUGUAUCACUAUUUACCAGGUACACUCGUGAUUUCCACCAGGUCAGAGGACUGACAUUCCCACAUCUGUGUGUUCAGACAACAGUUUGUCCUGUGGUGUGUGUGAGCGCUUCUGUUUGUGUGUGUGUGUGUGUGUGUGUGUGUGUGUGUGUGUGUGUGUGUGUGUGUG